AUGGAUGAAGGCGACGAAUACGUACCGCAAAUGUCACAAUUAGGAGACUAUGGUGGAAUGGGUGCCAUGGGGAUGUCACAAGGCCAGCCACCGUCUGUUCCUGGCUAUCCAUCGAUGAGUGGCGGAUUGACCCCAAUGAACAAUCCAUAUGAACAGCAAUUGAUGAUGAUGGGUCAGCCUUCUCAACCUAUGCAAAAGCCUGCUCCAGCAUCAAAAGGCCGCUCCAAGAAGAAGCAAGAGAUGGAUCCCAUGCAAAGUAUGACCGCCAUGUCGAACAAUCCGAUGAUGCGACCAUCUAUGCAACAGCUGGGUAGUAUGUAUCCACCACAGAGUAGCCAAAUGGGAAUGUACAGUGGUGGUGGUCCACCUCAGCAAUCUCCGCACUUUCCACCCCAAGGUGCUCCAGCAGGCUACCGACCACAGUAUGCUCCACAACCGGGUUACCCAGGAAUGCAGCAACCCAUGUAUCCACCGCAACAAACGCAACAACAACGACCGAACGCUUAUGGUGGUCCUCAGCCACCAGCUGCAAACCAUUAUGGAUAUGGUGCACCACCUCCUCAAGGGAGCUAUCCACCUCAGCAAUAUCCUCCUCCUCAAAUGCGACCACAAUAUCCUCAAGGGCAGCAACCUCUGCCUAUGCAAAAUCAGUACUGGGAACCACAACAACAUCCAUACUAUCAACAACAACAACCACAGCAGCAAACGCCACAUAGUGGUCCAAGCAUACAUCCCAACCAACCAGAUCAGUGGGGUCAACAACAACAACAAUCAUCUCAGCAACUCUAUCAUCUGGAGAUGGAAAUGCGUGGGAUGCAGCAGAGAAUGCAGCAUCUAUAUCAACAGCAAAGAACUCCAAUGGUUGAACAGGAGCUACAGCAGGUGCAAAUGCGCCUACAGUACUUGCAAGCAGAGCAUCAUCGCCUGCAAAUGAGCACUCAAACCGGUCAACACAUGUCAGCUCCACCACAACAACAACCGCAGCAGUCGCAACAACAACCGCAACAAACUAGCCAGCAAGCACCUCCGGGCGUAGCGGCAAUACCAAAUGCGAAUUCGGGAAUGGCGAUAAACCAGCAGAUACCAACACCAGGAAUGGGGCCUCCAAGUGCGCCGAGCACCGCACCAGCGAGUCAGCAGGUGGUUAUUCAGCAAAGCCCCUCUGCAGCUCCUACGACACCGGUACAGGUCACACAAAGCGGAAGUCAAGUACAGGUGAAUAUCAAGCCAGAAACUUCGGGAAGAACGCUGAUAAGUGUGUACCAUCGGUUUGGUGGCUCUCCAAACGGAGAUGAGUCGUUCAAUGGAGACGCAAAAGACUCUGUUCCUCCUGAACCAACACCGACACAACAACAACAGCAACAAUACCAGGAUGCCCAACAAAUGAUGUCACCUCCACCACAACACCAUCAACAACAGCAGAUCCCGCCGCAACAUAUGCAACAAAUUCCUUCACAAGCGCCACCACAACAACAUAUGAUGACAUCUCAACAGCAGAUACCCCCACAGAUGCAACCUUCACAUCUUCUUCACCAACACCAACCAUCAGUUCCUGUUAAUGGUGUCGACAACGGCUUCCAAAAUAAUGGAUUGCCGCAUGCACACAUUGCUGCGAAUGCGAUGGGACAGCAGCAACAACUACAACAACAGCAACAACAAGCCACUUCAGCAGUUCCCGUGGACCAGAAACCCGUCGUUUAUAAUCCUUACGUGGAUGUUCAACCUUCAGCGGAGUCAAGGAGAUCGGUAGAUGAGGUUGAGAAGAAGCCUGAUGUUUCAUCUCCUGAUGCUGAUGCUGCUUCGCCUCAAGAAGAAGUAGACGUUAAGCCAGCGCGAGUAGUUCGCGAGCAUAUUAUUCAGCCUUCGGCACACUUAUUUGAUGACAGGGAUGACGCCACACCUCCGAUGCGUACCGAUGACACCGAUGAGACUGAAACUGCGGAGCUACAGGCUACUGAAGUGGAAGAUGAGAAGGAGGCCUCUCCUUCUAGUGUUCCUACAACAUGUGCUGGUGGGACUGCACCUGCAGACUGCUCAGCACUUUCGGAUGAGACGCAGCCAGCUAUCAGUGAUGAUUUGAAAGAGGAAGAUGAAGAGGAAGAGGAGGAGCAGCAACAGGAAACUGGCGAAGACUCCGUUGAUACCACAAAACUUCCAGUAGCGGAGGAGGAUGAUGUUAAAGCUGAGCCUGAGGAAGAAACUUCAGAUGAACCUACACCAGGGCCGAGUUGCAGUCGUGAACCUUCCCCAGAGGAAAGCGAAGCCACCGAAUCGGAACGUCUUUCAGCAAAAAUCUCUAAGCGAUCGAAGAAGAAAGAUAGGGUCACACUCACUAAAGAGGAAAACGCCGAGGAUCGAGACGCAACUCCUAGCGAGGUUGCCGAAUCUACCGAUGGCGUUUUUACUGAACCAUCAACACCGGCUCCACUAGUCUCUUUUCCGUGUGAAGGACGGAAGCCGAAAAGACUUGCUGUAGUCAGAUCGCGAAAGAAAAAGAGCGUUGAUGAUUCGGGAGACGACGACGAUGAUUUUGUUCCUGAUGGGCGUCGGAAAUCCAAUAAAAGGGCUUCAAAGGCAAUGAAAGAGACUGCAACUACCGACGAUGAUGAGAAACGAAGCACUUCAAAAUGGGCUGACGUAGUUGAGGCAGCCGAUGACGAUGCCGAGGACUCGAUUUUGACCACAGACUCUCAGGAAACGCAAUCAACUGACCAUCAAAUUGUUGAAAAGAUUCUGAACUCCCGCGAUGGCCCUGAUGGCAGCGAGCCACAAUAUCUAAUAAAAUGGAAAGGAAAGGCAUAUAUUCACUGCGAAUGGAAAACAAUGAAGGAGUUGGAGGAAGUCGACAAACGAGCUGUGGGAAAAGUUAAGCGUUUCCGGCAGAAAAAAGCACAUUCAAGCAAUGAUGCGGAUGAAGAGGACUUUAACAGCGACUAUACCGUUGUUGAUCGAGUGGUAGACGUAGGAACUGGGGACGAUGGAGUUGAAUAUGCUCUUGUGAAGUGGAAAAGCCUUGCUUAUGAUGAAGUAACUUGGGAGCCCAUCGGUAGUGUUCCAGAAGAGAAGGUAGCUCUGUGGAGAAAGCGACAGAUAGUUGACAAAGCUAAAGUGAAAGAAAAAGCGCGUCCAAAAGCGAGCGAGUGGUGCAAAAUGCCUGAAGAUAUUGUUUGGAAAGACGGAAACACAUUGAGAGAAUACCAAUUUGAGGGCGUUGAUUGGUUGCUGUACUGCUAUUACAAUGAGCGGAACUGUAUUCUAGCAGAUGAAAUGGGUCUCGGGAAGACAGUGCAAACUAUUACUUUCCUUUCACAAAUCUAUGAAUAUGGUAUCCACGGUCCUUUCCUUAUUGUCGUUCCCCUUUCUACAAUCCAUAAUUGGGUUCGCGAAUUUGAGACAUGGACGGAUAUGAAUGCUGUGGUUUAUCACGGAAGUCAACAUAGUAGAGAUGUCAUACAACAAUACGAAAUUUAUUAUUCUAAACAACAUUCUGCGGGAAAUAAAUCUUUCCGCAAAAAUCUCGUCAAACUGGAUGCGCUGAUCACAACAUUCGAAAUGGUGGUAACAGACUGCGAGUUUCUGCGGAAAAUUCCUUAUAGAGUGUGCGUCAUCGACGAAGCACAUCGUCUCAAGAACAGAAACUGCAAACUGCUGACGGGAGGGUUGCAUGCUUUCCGUAUGGAGCAUCGUGUGUUGCUCACAGGAACACCACUCCAAAAUAACAUCGAAGAAUUGUUUUCAUUGCUGAAUUUUCUUCAUCCGCAACAGUUUAGCAGUUCUGCUGCAUUCCUGGAACAGUUUGGACAAUGUCAGUCUGACGAGCAGGUUCAAAAGUUGCAGGAAAUUCUUAAACCCAUGAUGCUUCGUCGCCUGAAGGAAGAUGUAGAGAAAUCGUUACAACCGAAAGAAGAAACGAUCAUUGAGGUGCAGCUAUCGGAUACACAGAAAAAGUUCUACCGUGCUAUUCUUGAGAGAAAUUUCUCUCACUUGUGCAAAGGUACAUCAGCUCCCUCACUUAUGAAUGUGAUGAUGGAACUGCGCAAGUGUUGUAAUCAUCCGUUCCUGAUUCAGGGUGCUGAAGAAACCAUCAUGUCUGAGCUGAAAAUGCUACAUCCGGAGUGGGACGAGGAGACUUUGGCUCAUAAGGCGCUUGUUCAGGCAUCUGGAAAGGUGGUACUAAUUGAGAAACUUUUGCCGAAGUUAAGAAAGGAUGGUCAUAAGGUACUGAUCUUCUCUCAAAUGGUCAAAGUUCUUGAUCUGCUGGAAGAAUUUCUGGUGAACAUGAACUACCCAUUCGAAAGAAUUGACGGUAAUGUCCGAGGGGAUAUGCGGCAGGCGUCGAUCGAUCGGUUUUCGAAGAAAGAUUCUGAUCGUUUCGUCUUCCUGUUGUGUACGAGAGCUGGCGGUUUGGGCAUUAACCUCACAGCUGCUGAUACCGUUAUCAUCUUUGACUCAGACUGGAACCCGCAGAAUGACUUACAGGCCCAAGCGAGAUGUCAUCGCAUUGGGCAAACGAAAAUGGUCAAAGUAUAUCGGUUGGUCACUGCAAACACAUACGAAAGGGAAAUGUUCGACAAAGCUUCCCUGAAGCUUGGAUUGGACAAGGCUGUUUUGCAGUCAACAACGGCGCUGAAGGAAAGCAGCACUUCACUGAGCAAGAAGGACGUAGAGGAGCUGCUGAAGAAGGGUGCGUAUGGAUCUAUUAUGGAUGAAAAUGUUGAUGAGGGUAGCAAGUUUAGUGAAGAGGAUAUCGAGACAAUUCUCCAAAGACGAACCACCACCAUAACGUUGGAACCAGGACAAAAAGGAUCGUUAUUCGCGAAAGCUGCAUUCAAUUCAACCCAUAAUCGGGGAGAUGAUAUUGACAUAGAUGAUCCGAAUUUCUGGACAAAAUGGGCAGAGAAAGCACAGGUGGACAUUGAAAAGGCAACAGCUACUCCCGAUGGUCGCGAUCUUAUUAUGCAGGAACCGAGAAAGCGCACCAAGCGCUUCGAGGAUAAUUCGCUCAAGGAAGGUGAAGAUUCAGAUGGUAGCGAUGAGAUGGGAAAAGGAAGGAAAAGAACCGGAGCCAAUUCUCUAAGCACUGGUCGAAAACGAAGACGUGGCGACGAUGAAGAUGGCGACUACGUGAAUUAUAGACCAGAUGAGCUGGCCUUCAACAAAAGCGAAUAUUUCAAGGUGGAAAAGGUGCUUGCAUGCUGGGGAUGGGGAAGAUGGGCAGAAAUGAAGAAAAGUGGAGAACUGGAGGUAUCUGAGAUGGAUAUCGCACACAUGGCCAGGACAUUACUACUGCAUUGCGUGAGAGAAUACCGGGGUGAUGAAAGGAUUAGACAGACAGUGUGGCAGAUGAUAGCACCCCAAGGAGCGAAAAACUCCAACGUUAAAGCUUCGCAGUCGAUUUAUCAUCAGGGGUGGGCUGCACUUCCUGAGUUCAAUCCGCCCAAUUUCGCCCUGGAUGCUUCAUUCCAGCGACAUGUUCAUAGACAUGCAAAUAAACUGCUUGUGAAGAUUGACCAGUUGAGACAUUUACAGAAGACUAUCAUUGGCGGAAAAGCUGCAGAAAUCGAAGCUGGAGGAAAUUGGUCGUCGAUUGAAAUAACUGUACCUGCCUUAGUUGAGCCCAUGUGCGAAGGAUGGGAUGCUGACUGUGACAAAUGUUUACUUAUUGGCAUCUACAAACAUGGUCUGGAUAACAUCGAAGCAGUACGAGGUGAUGAAACACUGUGUUUCCACACAAAGACAACUCUGUCUGAAACGUUUCCUGGAGCAGCUGAAGUGACAGCGAGAUUCCGAAGGCUCAUUGCUGUCAGUCAGAGAAAUAUUACCGAUCCUGUUUAUGAAAAGCUGAGAGAGAAGAAGUGUAGGUGGAGUCGACGAGAAGAGCAAGAGUACAUGCGAGUGUUGCGGUCUUUCGGCAUGAAAGAUAAGAGAAAUGAUCCUACGAUGAUCGACUGGGACGCAUUCCGGGCUUUUUCACCUUUACUGGAAAAGAAAAGCGACGAAGAGAUGCAAGAACAUCUUUACUGUAUACUUGCAAUGUGCACGAAGGCACAAGGUGGCGAACUAUCUGCGUUAGACACGAAAAGAGCGCUGUCUGUAGAUGCUAUGACAUCACGUAAAGCCCAAAAGUUAAUGAAUCGGUUACAUCUGACCCGCAAGGUUCAUGCGUUGGCAGCUAGCCUUGAUAAAGUUACACCAAUGUUGAAAUUGUGCUCUGCGGAAGCUAUGCCCUCUGGUUGGACAACUCAACACGACAAAGAGCUGAUUGCUGUUUGCGAUCAACAUGGCAUAGAUAACAUUUCUGCGAAUAUUCUGCAGAAACCGACGUUUCAGAAGAUAAUACGUCCAACUGAGAAAACACUAUUGCGACGAGUAAUUGAAGUGUGCACUACUGUGGAAACGGGUAAAUGGAAUGGAACAGCAAGCACAGAGAGUGUUGAUGACAGUGACAUUGAGGAGAGAGUCAGGCAACAACAACAGGUGCGACGCGGUCGCAAACGCACUAUGGAUACAGAUGCGCAGAAAAUGAGGGCUCUUAUGCAGCAGUCUAUGUUAUCCCAGAUGGGAGAUCUUCCACUAGCUGCUGCAAUGCUGCAAUCAGCAAUGUUUAUGCCGCAAAUAAUGGGUAACAACGCAGCAGCUGCACAGCUUCUCGGGUCUUUGUUCGCCAUGGCUGGUGCGUCCGGAACGGCACCAAGUGCAUCAGGAGCUGGCGGUUCAGCCACAGCUGGGACAUCGGCAGCAGUAGCUGCAGCAUCUGCAACUGCACAGCAGGCAGCUGCUGCGGCACUGUUAGCCAGUGCAGCAUCGACUUCACCGGCGACAGAAGCUGAUGUGUUGAAUUUGACGAAAAAGGCUGAUUCGGUAGCAACUACUGCUCUUUCGUCAUCUCCAGCCCCAUCUACAUCUUCCGUCACUGCUUCUUCGUCCUCCUUACAACAGCAACAGCAGCAGUCAGCAGCAAUGGGUCAGCUGGGUCUUAACGAGCUAAUCAUUCUAGCGAGUUUACCGCCAGAUACAAGAAUACCAGUGCAGGAUGCUCGAACUAAGGAACGUCUACUAGGUGAUUUGGCGCCGAAGCUAAAAAGUCUUAGCGCAUGGCUCACAGCACAUCCUACCUAUACACUAGAUCUUGCUAGUUUAGGUAAGGAACCACCACCAUCCGCUCCGACACCAGUGGUUGCAAAUCUUACUGCUGAUUCUGCUCCAUCAAGCGCAAAACCAUCAGCACCGGCAACUCCAAAGCCUUCUACUCCAAAGCCACUCAGUACAGCUACCACUCCAGUGCCUAGCUCUAAACCAGUCAGUGCUGCACCAACACCGGCUCCAACAACUCCAAAGCCUACUGUAAGCCCUCGUCUUGAGCCCGGAGAGAUUCCAAAGAAGGCAUCGAAUGCCGGAGCAUGUGCUUCUUCGGCGCCUGGAGAUGGACCAGUAUCUGUCUUUAGCAGGUCAAGCGGCGCACUUCUUCCCGCUUCCAAGUGGCCGACGCUGAGUAAAUUGGCCUCAUGGCUAGAUGCUCACCCGGAUGCAAAUGUCCAUAGCAGUAGUGUAGCAGUUGCUCAGUUGGUUGUGGGACUUUCCCAUCCUGAUAGACUGGGUGGGGAUGCUGUGGCUGGCACCAGCAGCGCUUCUUCCAGUUCAGCAACUGUGACGAAAGCAACUGAGAAGCCCAGCACUAGCAGCGGGGUAUUUGGAGCCCCGUCAAGUUCGGCUGCAUCUUCGAGUGCUGCGGCUGCAGCUCUUGCUGCCGAAGCAGCUACGAAGCAACAGUUAGAAGCGCUCCAAAUGCAGAUGUUGAUGCAACAAACGCUGCUCCAACAGUCGUUGCUCGGCUUUAACCCGUAUGCCCUGGCUGGAUCGACGUCUAGUGCAACUUCGGCUAAUGCCAAACCUGAGGACUUGUUAAAUCCGUUGCUGAUGGCAUCCCUAAUGACGAAUCCGCUAGCGAUGCAAUCGCUGCUGAUGGAUCCAACGGCAUUAGCAGCUCUAUCGCUGGCUGGUUCAAAUAUGGAAUAUCCAGGAGGCAAAAAUCAGUAUUUUCGACAUCUUCUAUUCUUCGCUUUUCAUCGAGGCCAAAAAGCUACCGAAGCAGCUCGAGAUAUUUGUAACAUGUACGGAGAAGGUGCCAUAGGCGAGUCUUCUGCACGGGAAUGGUUUGCAAGAUUCAAAAAGGGGAAUACGAAUAUGGAAUACGGGUCAUCUGAGAGACGACCGUAA